UCAAUCAGCUGUUACCGACGUGUCCAAGUUUUGUUUGAUAUCUGUUUAAGAUUUUUCAAUAAUAUAGUCCGUAGAAAAAUUUGUGAAACCUUAGUCGGCAUGAUGGACGCUGCAAAUUUAUUGAGUUUGGACGUAGACACUUUAUUCGAUCACCACAGUGUUCCAGAAAUCGAUAUAGUUCAUAAAAAAAUUCAAUCUGUUGUAGAAAACAAACGAGAAGAGCUACGUCUAAUGGUCGGCGAACGAUAUCGUGAUUUACUUCAGGCUGCAGAUACUAUUGUAGCUAUGAAAUAUACAUCAGAAAGACUUGUGGAGCAAAUGGAUUCAAUUACUAAGAAUUGUCGCAAUCUUAACGACCAACAAUUAUUGGGAUUUAAAAUUAGUGAACCGGAGGAUUUACUUCGUAAUCGCAAUGCCAACAAGCAACUAAAUAAUUACUUUAGUACAAUGAUGCAGAUCAAACUGUUGACGACUUUACCUGAAUUAAUUUGGACACAUAUCGAUAAUGAGCGAUUUUAUUGUGCUAGUGAAUUGUUUAUAUUAAGUAGACAUGUCAGCACUGGAUUGCAGUUAGAUGCGAAUAAUUUGUUAAUGCAACAUCUACCUGUUGCAAAAAAACAAUGGGAAAUUUUAAAGCCAUUCAAUCUGACGAUAAAAAUACAUGUUCUGGCAGCCUUAGAGAAGGAGGAUUUGAAUGUCAAUGUGGCAACAGAUUGUUUGCUUAGUUUGUUAAUAUUGGAAAAAAACUCAUUAAACAGUGUUUUAAAAACAUUUCUAAACUUACGCUGCAAAACUUUUUUAAAUUGCUUGAGCAAUGAUAAUCAGUGGUCUAUUGAAGAACGGGGACGAGUACAAAAUAUAAUAUUAGCGAGUUUGCGCAUAUUAAACAACACAGUUAAUCUAAUAGAGAAUUGCUUUUUCGAAAAUGGGUUACUACUGCAAAAGCUGUUUGAACAUAAUGAUGUAAAUUCAUCGCCAACAAUAACUUUAAUCCAGCAGUUUGAUACAGUUAACACGUAUUUGCUUCCGGAAAUUAUUUCGAAUUUCCGUGUUAAAAUCGAAACAAAGAAUCUUGAUGAAGGGCAAGCCCGCGAAUCCCUUGAACAAUGGAUCAUUGACAUCAGACGGAUUGCGGGAACGCAACUCAAGCAACUUUUUGAUUACGUUUCGACAAUGAGUACAAUCAAACAGAUAAAGACAGAUGCUUAUUCUUACAAAAAUCAUUUCAAAUUCGAUAAAAUAAUCAAAAUGCUAAAGUUAACUCAAACACUAGAUUUUUUCGAACAGAAAUAUAUACCACUCAUCCAUCAACGCAUUCACGAUAUUAUACACGACAAUUGGGCUAGGGCAAUGCAAACAACAUUUGAGUCAUUGGAGCGAGCUUUAACAGAUAUCAACAUGAGUGAAAUGGACAUUUGGUAUGAAAGCAUUAAUGAUCUUCCAUCAAGUUUAGAAGUAGCGCUAAGUGAUGAUACUAAGGUUAAAAAGUUGUUAAUGAAAACAAAAGGAUACGACAACGAUAUAAUAAGACUCUGCGCUGAAUUCGAUGGGCAACUGAGAAGUAUUAUUUCAGAAAUGAACGUCCUUCUUGAAGAGCAAACGACUCGUGCAGAAGAUAAGCUUUCAUUGAUUGUUUUUUUGAGAGAGACUUCUGAAGCACAACUAACACAUUUUCUAAGUCGGGUAAAAAGCCUUCACUUAGCUCCGACGCAGCGUAGUGAACUUUUAUUUGUAGCACGUUGCUUUGCAGCUCUCGUUGAACUGUGCCCCAAUUUGAAGGUCUGUUUCUGCCAACGAGGAAACUGGCGCCAGUGGGUGGGAAAUGUUACCGCAAAUAGUAUCGAACAUUGGAAUAGAGUGUGCAUGUUAAUUGAAGAAGAAUCAUUACAUUUUUGGCAACAAAUUGUUAAAGGCAUUUUAGAAGAGAGCAAUUGUGAGAAUAAUCUUCGAAGUAAUAUUACUAAUGAAAACAUUAUAGAAGAAUUUGCCAAUUGGGAAACUGUUGAAAUCACUCAAAAGGAUGAAUCAGAAUCAAACAUACAUUCCACCUUUCGCAUUCCUAAUCAACCACGUAUUUCACUACAAACGUAUCUUUUUAGAUUAAUACACAUGUUGAAUUCGAAUGUGCCACAAACUUUACCAACCAAAGUAUUGCAUUACUACAACAUGACUAUGUUGGCACAAAUCCUGCAGCAGUAUCAAAAAAUCCUAACCGACAAUUCAUCAGGCAAUCAAAACAUCGCCUUACAACUGUAUUUUGAUUUAAAAUUUUUGCAAACUAUAUUUGCAAUCACUAGGGAUGACCGACAGUUGAAUGAUCACUUCAUUACUUUGCAACACAUAUGCAAGAAUCGCAUUGAUCCAUUUGAUUUCGAAUUAUUUGCUGAACACAUAUCAACUAAUGUAAAAAAAUCGUUAGCUCGGUUCCAUUGUCAAUUUGGAGUACUUACCCCACCAUUCCCAGCACACAUGGCUCCUAAAGCAUCCGCGAUGUUGUCACACGAGAAAGAUCCAAAUGUUUUGUGUUUAAGUUCAAUAGGUUCAUCAUCGGCAUGGUUCCCCCUGCUACCCAUUGUAACCUCUGCACCCGUCGAAAAUUUGGACCGUAAAAACGUUCUUAUGAACAGUGAAAAGCCUACUUCGGCAGCAGCAAAUAAAGCGAGUAUAUUGGCAACAAGUGCGACGAAUGCAGGAAGGAAAGUUAAGUUCGAUUCCAAAACGAAAUCAGGAGCGGCAUCUUUCUUUGGUGCAAUGUCCCAAGAUUGGUUUCGCUAGUAAAGUUGUUAACAACUCCUCUCUUAUACACACAUACAUAUGUGCACAUAACAUUUGAACAGUAUGAAUGUAUGUAAUUUAUAAAAAAUUCAGCAGGCCUACCAUAAUGUCUUGUAAUUAUGUAUUAGAAAACAUUUGAUGUUUAGUAUAGAAUUAAGCCUUACUUUUUAAUACUGCACAUUCUUUUGUCUCAUCUCAUAUAUAGAUAUAAAAAGCUGAAGCUAAAUAUUCAUUUAACAAAUAAAUGACUAUUUAAAUGAAGCAUGA